CCACGUGAUAAGAAUCGCCCGAUCCAAGACGAGUCUGAUGAGUUUUGAGUGGAGGUGCAAGUCUCGCUCCCGCACGCUGACAAUCUUGAAUUUGGCUAAGAGGUGCUGUUCUACACUCGAGAGGGAUGUGUCUCCACCCCUUUGUCAAGCAUCAUACACAGGUCCAGGGGGCGCAUCACAGCGCAGUCGCCGCGAUUCACCUACCAUUCGUACUACUGCUGAUCGCACCAUGUCGACCGCCAACGCUUCGGGCUUGCCGCCAGGUGUGGAGAAGCUACGAGAGAUGCUAGCAGGUGCUCACGAUUCCGGCAAGUGGGAUUCAGCAUGGCAAGCCGGCUUGACGCCGUGGGACAAGGGUCAAGCUCAAGCAGCGCUGGUCUCUACGCUUUCGGAGGCAAAGACGUCUGAGCUGCUCCCCACUUCUGGCCGAGCUGUCGUGCCUGGAAUGGGCAGAGGCUACGACGUGGCCCUCUUGGCAUCCAGAGGCUUGCACACCGUCGGCGUGGAUAUCAGUCCAAAGGCAGUCGAAGCGGCUCAGCAAUGGCUGGAUAGCCAGUCAUCAACUCCAGCCUCGAGUCAAAUGUCCGUAAGGGCAGCAGACUGGUUCAGUCUUGAGCCCACGCAAGCCGACUCAGAAGAGGAGAACGAUGGCACAAUCAAAGCUUUUGAUCUUGCAUACGACUACACUUUCUUUUGCGCCCUGCCUAGCACGCUGCACCAGAAGUGGGCAGACACCUAUGCUCGACUUAUCAAGCCAGGGGGAAAGUUGCUCUGCCUGGUGUAUCCUAUCGGGCCCUUGAGUGACGCCGGGCCGCCGUACAACGUCUCGUCGGAUCAGCACAAAGCAUUACUUUCGAAAGCUUUCGAGCUCGAGCACCACGCGCCGCCGAGUAAGAGCGCUCCAGAACGAAACGGCAAGGAAGAAAUCAUGAUCUGGAGGCGGAAAUGAGCAAAGUCGCGGGAAUUGUCAUGCAUUGCGGUGGGACUUCGUGUGGUCGUUCAAAGCGUG